AACUUUUUAUUAAAAUUGUGACCUGUUUCUCUAUAAUGGGAAAUUUCCCAUAAAUUUCUCUGACCACGUGAACUAAACUGCGGGAGACUAAUUUAACUCUAAGUUCCAUCAAAAAACAAAAUUAACUCUAAGUAUUAUUCAAGUCAAUUAUGAGACUUAGUCCUUUAGUUAACACGGCAGAGACAUAAUAUUCUAAUCCGAAAUUUUUCUUUGAUUUUCUUCUAACAUUGAAAUAAAGACAAUAUCUAAUGUUUUUAUUAGUUUCAGUUUUGACCUGUUUAUCAUUACUUAAAAGUCAAGUCUGUCUUCCUCAAUUCCAUUCAUCUGGUUUCUGAUAUCAUUUAGCAAGAACAAGAGGUGCUUAAUUUCUCCAAAAUUAGGUAAUUUUCGUGAGCAGGGUAAGAUGUUUUCAUGUUUAAGAAUAAGUGAAAAGGCCAAAGAGGAGACAGAAAUGAAAUCCAUGAAGAAUCGCAGAAUGUUUUUAGAAAAGCUUAAUGCAUCUUGUGAUGGAAAAUUUGAUCCAAUUCUUACAUUCUCCAGCAAGGAGCUUAUCAAAGCAACAAAUAACUAUGAUUUUAAACAAAUGUUAGUGUGGGAUUCUUAUUAUCAACUCUUCAAGGGCUCUAUACGAAACAGCUCAAUAUCUGUCAAGAAAUAUGGUUCCAGUGGCGUCAUAGGCAGCAUGGAUAGAUUUCUCGAAUCAGCAAUCACAGAUAUUGCCGUUGGUUAUAAGAUGAAAGCCCAUAAAAAUGUCCUGAAGCUCAUCGGAUGUUGCCUCGAGACUGAAUUUCCGAUUCUGGUGUAUGAAUUUGUAGGCACUAAGGCACUUUCCGAAGUUACAUUAUCAUGGAAAUGUAGGCUAAAAGUUGCGGCGGAUAUUGCAGAUGCAAUAGCGUAUCUUCAUACUGCACUUUCAAGGCCUGUUAUCCUUAGAGAUAUGAGACCCUCGGCGAUUAUGUUGGGUGAAGGCAGUGAAGUGAAGCUUAUGGAUUUUUCUCUAGCGAUUUCUAUUCCUGAUGGCGAAUCGCACAUUUUAACGGAUAUCUGUGGGAAAACAGGAUACGGAUCACCUGAAUAUAUUUCUUCAGGUUAUGCAACUGAGAAGCUUGAUGUUUUUCUGUUUGGUGUGCUACUAGUUCAACUUUUAGCUGGAGAAGAGAGACCUAAAUUCAUGAUUGGUAAUCUGGGUUAUGAGUUGACUGAUCAUCUGAAGCAGUUUAUAGAGAAACAUAAAUUAAUUGAGAUUGUAGAUUGCAGAAUUGUAAAUGACAUAGAGCAGCAAGAACUGGUGGCAUUUGGAGAAGUUGCUGUGAGUUGCAUGUGCAAUGAAGCAGAAGACAGACCGAUAAUGAGUGAUGUUGCUAAAGAACUCGAGCGAAUUUAUCAGUCUAUUCGCUCUUUGAAGUAGCGAAUUACAUAAGUUUGAGCAACAUUGGCUGCGAAUCAGUUCAGAACUGCUGGAGAACUAUAUGCAAAAUAAGUAGAGUUGGAAGGGUGUAUGCUGUGUUGUGUGAAAUCACUCUGAUACCCAAGUUUGUAAAGUAAAAUGAAGUUAUAUUAUUGCAGAUACAUAUACAAAUAAUUUCAUAUAUGAUGCUAUCUUGAGACUAUAAUUCCAAUUAUGGUGCUCGAA